UUAUUCAGAUAAUUCUGCGUGGUCAGUUUAGUUAAGUGAGUGCUCUCAAAGUGAAUGCAACAAGAUCUAAUAUUUACUUCGCAAUGUCUUUUGACAAUGCAAAAGCAUAUUUGGAAGGGAAUACGUAUACAAUGAGCUAUACGAAAGUUCUCAUGGAAAACUACGGUGGAUGGAUAGAAUGGUGCGAAGAUGGAAGAGAUUCCCUUCUUGACAUUGGAAGUGGACCCGGAAGUGCAAUAAAAGAAGCAGUUUAUCCACUUUUGCCAGCAAACUUUUCAAAAUGCGUCCUUUCAGACAUAUCACCCUUAAUGGUGGAAAUGCAGAAAAAAGUUUUCAGUGGCCUAAGUGGGGUUUCAUGUGAAAUUCUCGAUAUUGGGAAUGAAAUAAGUGAGAAACAAUUGCACAGGAUCGGAACUUUUGAUCACAUAACAUCCUUCUUCUGCCUCAUGUGGGUAGCAGAUCAGCAGAAAGCAAUGGAUAACAUUUACAAAUUACUCAAACCCGGUGGUGAUUGCUUUCUUGUUAUCAUGGCAGACUCUCUCAUUAUUGAUGUUCUCCUUUCGGUGUGCAUAAAACCCCGCUGGAGAGAUUGCUUAGCUGGAUGGGAGAACUUUUAUGUCUAUCCAUACACACAAAUUGAUAAUGCAAAAGCAAAAGCUCUGCAAUUUAUGAAGAAUGCCGGAUUUGUGGAAACAAAAGCAGAACUAAUUCGGAAACCUUUUGACUUUUCUACUGAUAAGGAAAUGGAAAAAUUUCUCAGAGGCUUUCCAACGAAAUUUUCCAGAGAUGUGACUGAAAAUGAAAAGGAAGAAAUAUUCCAGGAACGCCUAAAAUAUAUGGACAAAUACGUAGUUGGGAAUUUUCGUGACAACGAGGGAAGAAUUCAUAAACCAAAUGUCGAUCUUGUGCUAUAUGGGAAGAAGAAUAAAUUUUCAGCUGCUUCGAGAACACAGAGGGCAUAAUU